AUGGACCAUCCUGUCGUGGUUCGUGCUUCUCUCUCAUGCCGCCAUGCCAUGUCCAUCAUCCAUCUAUCUGGCCUCGUGGGCGCGGAGAUCAAAGUGGGACCUCUCUCAAUUACAAUUCACAGACUCAAUCUGUUCGAAAAGCAAAGACGUAUUGCACACGACGUGAUUGGGCAUACAGUAUCCCCGCGAGAUGGUAUGCCGGCCUGUUCGGCAGGGCUGGCGAGCAUAAUCCCCGUUAAGCAUGUCUUUGCCCAUGCCUAUGCUCAACAGCCCUGCCGUUGGCUUACAGAACCGUGCUUGCACUCUAUCGAGUUGCCCUUCUUUUACCGCACAGCUUCGGUGUACGGAGUACGGAUGUCAGUCUUGCCAGGGAGGAGGCCACCUCAUCAUCCCAACUUCACCAACUCCAGACGGCACCCAGAUUUCAUAUAUAUUUAG